ACGAGGCAGCCAACUUCGCCAGGUUGCUUUGACACCCUGAGGACCGCCCCCCCCCCCAAUUCAGCGCUGUUUCUAUUUUUGUGGAUCCAGAGAACUGCCCACGGCUGCUUUUUGCCCAGGCCGGAGAAAAGCCAGAGCCAGAGCCUCCUUGAACAGAAGGGCUUGCCAGAGGAAUUUUCCAAGUGCCCAAAGGCCAGCGCUUGAAGCUCCUGUGGUCAGCCGGGGAGGCCCCCAGUGAGAUUUGGGGAUCAGCUCCACCUCGGGCCAUGCCAGGCCAGGGUCUGCCCCUUCGAGUGGCCACCCUGCUGACAGGGCUACUGGAAUGCCUUGGCUUUUCUGGAAUCCUCUUCGGCUGGGCAUCACUGGUGUUUGUCUUCAAAACAGAGCAUUACUUUGAGGAGCUAUGCAAACCGGAGGCCCCGCUGAUGGGCAAUGUCUCUGGGCCGGCUGACUGCAAAGCCCAGGAUGAGAGGUUCUCACUCAUCUUCACCCUGGGGUCCUUCAUGAACAACUUUAUGACGUUCCCCGCUGGCUUCAUCUUUGACAGAUUCAAGACCACCGUGGCCCGUCUCCUAGCCAUAUUUCUGUACACCACCGCCACACUCACCAUAGCCUUCACCUCUGCAGACUCGGCCCUGCUGCUCUUCCUGGCCAUGCCCAUGCUCACCGUCGGAGGCAUCCUGUUUCUCAUCACCAAUCUGCAGGUUGGGAACCUCUUUGGCAAACACCGCUCGACUAUCAUCACCCUCUACAACGGGGCAUUUGACUCCUCCUCGGCGGUCUUCCUUGUCAUCAAGCUACUUUAUGAACAGGGUGUCAGCCUCCGGGCUUCUUUCAUCUUCAUUUCGGUCUGCAGUGCCUGGCAUGUUGGGCGCACUUUCCUCCUGAUGCCCCGAGGCCACAUCCCCUAUCCGUUGCCCCCCAACUACAGUUAUGGCCUGUGCUCUGGGAAGGACACCACGGCGAGAGGGAACAGCACAGCCGAGUCUGAGAAGCUGGAGAUGGGGUCCAAGGAGGUGCCUCCAGCAAAGGAAGAGACCCCAGGACCAGAGCAGCAGCAGGAGCCCCGCUCUUUCUGGAGCUAUGCGCUUUCACAGCGCUUUGCCUGGCACCUGGUGUGGCUGUCCGUGAUACAGUUGUGGCACUACCUCUUCAUCGGCACCCUCAACUCUCUGCUCACCAACCUGGCCGGGGGUGACAGAGCACUAGUCAGCACCUACACAAAUGCCUUCGCCAUCACUCAGUUCUUUGGGGUGCUGUGUGCGCCCUGGAACGGCCUGCUCAUGGACCGGCUCAAGCAGAAGUACCAGAAGGAAGCAAAAAGCACAGGGUCCUCGGCCAUGACGGUGGCCCUCCGCUCGGCGGUGCCUUCUCUGGCCCUGACGUCCCUGCUAUGCCUGGGCUUCGCCCUCUGUGCCUCGGUGCCCGUGCUGCCCCUCCAGUAUGUCACGUUCAUCCUGCAAGUGAUCAGUCGCUCCUUCCUGUAUGGGGGCAAUGCCGCCUUCCUCACCCUGGCUUUCCCUUCGGAGCACUUUGGGAAGCUCUUUGGGCUGGUGAUGGCCUUAUCAGCUAUUGUCUCUCUGCUCCAGUUCCCUAUCUUCACCUUCAUCAAGGGUCCCCUGCAGAAUGACCCGCUCUAUGUGAACGUGACGCUGGUGCUUGCCACCGUCUUGACCUUCGUCCAUCCCUUUAUGGUGUACUGGGAGUGCCGGCGGGAAAGGAGCCCUCAUGCAACUGCAUAGCUCAGAAGCUCUGCUUUCCAGCCGAGAGGACGCUGUCUUUGCUCAUCUUUCCCCACUCGUGAGGACCCCACAUCCAGGAGCACUUGGCCUGCCUGGGCUUCUUGUAUUAAUUAGCCAUUACUUUUUCUUUUCUUUGAAAAAAAAAAAAAGACCUAGUUAACAGCUAGGUGACACUUGGGUUAGCAAGAAAAGAUGCUCAGGUGCCACGCUGAUUGCUGUCAUAUAGACCCGGAGCAAAGGCCCAUGGAGGGUCUUAGUUUCGGAGCAGGAAACACGUGACAUUGGUAGAUACUUGGUUCAGGGGAGGUGAUGUGAUGAGGGGGGAAGUAUGUCACCUACUUCUUUGGACCUCUUUGGCUGUGAUGCCUGUGUGUGCCGAGCCCCUCGUGCCAGGUAAGCUUCCAGGUGAAGGGUGGGGUUGUCAUGACCUUGGCUAUAACGCCCAGCAUUUCGAGGUGGCUCCCUCUAUUCUUUACUUUGGGCAUCAUAGAAAACGUGUCUCUGGGGGAUUAAUCUUAGAGAAAAAUAAAGCCUUUCUGCUGAA